AUGGUAGUGGUCGCAGUCGCCGGAGGCACGGGCGGUGUCGGUAAGACCAUCGUUGAACAAUUACAGCUCAGCAAGAAGCACGAGGUGAUCCUGCUUAGUCGAAAGGCUCCUACCACACUCGCCUCAGGUGGCGCAAAGAUUGUGCUUGCUGACUACGGCAACAUCGAGGCGCUGUCUCUGCUGCUCAAUGAGCACAAUGUCGAGACAGUCAUCUCCACGAUUGGGAUCGUGGGCCCGGAGGCCGCUCAGUCACAGCUCAACCUCAUCGCCGCGGCCGACAAGGCCAAGCCGACCCAUCGACUCGUACCCAGCGAGUUCUCAGUUUGGGUCUCUCCAGACGAUACGAACGCAGCGGUGUUCGGUGCCUGGCUGGACGCAAUCGCCGCCCUCAAAAAGACUGGCCUCACGUACACCCGCGUCAUCAACGGGUGGUUCAUGGACUAUUUCGGCAUGCCGCACACCCCAAGCAACCUCGCCCCUCACACCUGGGGCGUCGACAUCGCGAACCGCCGCGCCGCGAUCCCCGGAACAGGCAACGAGCCCAUGACCCUGACCUACUCGGUGGACGUGGCCCGCUUCGUCGUUCGCAUGCUCGACGAAAUCGACUGGCCCGAACUUAGCAUCAUCAGCGGCUCAGACACAACGUUCAACGAGAUUCUGGGAAUCGCGGAGAAACUCACGGAUAUCCGCCCCAUAGGCAUUGAAGAGCUUCUUACCAAGGCCUGGGCUGGGGAAUAG